GGAAGGGGGGAGAUAGGGAGACAGGAGUCAGCAGCGUGAGUGGGCAGAGGUCACCUCAGAGUAAAAAGCAGGAGGGAGACGCAGCAUGGACGCCGGUUGUGUUUGCUACAGCAGAUCAGGUUGUCCUGGACCCUACAGACGCUUCAUGGGACGCUGAGGACGACAGAGUCAUCAUGUCAGUGUCCCCGGUAACAGACCCGUCCCUCAGCUGGUCGGUGGUCCCCAUGACUCCUGUAUACAGUAACGUCACAAAGGUGCAGCGUGACGCUCUGCUGGCGGUUGCCGAGGUCGUGUUGCUGGCGGUGAUCUUGGUGAUGGCGUUGCUCGGUAACGGGCUGGUGCUGCUGGUGUUGCUAAGGCGGAGACGCCAACAGAACCCGCUGCACCGCUUCAUGAUCAACCUCUGUUUAGCUGACCUGGUGGUGGCGCUGUUCCAGGUGCUGCCCCAGCUGGUGUGGGAUGCUAAAGGCCUAUUCCCCGGCCCGGACUUCCUGUGCCGGCUGGUGAAGUACCUGCAGGUCCUCGGGAUGUUCGCCUCCUCCUACAUGAUCGUUGCCAUGACGGUGGACCGGCACUACGCCAUCUGCUGCCCCCUGCUGGCGCACCGCAGCGGGGCCACGCAGCGCUGGAACAGCUGCAUCCUGCUGGCCUGGGGGCUGUCACUGGUGCUCAGCCUGCCACAGGUGUUCAUCUUCUCCCGCUCUGAACGGUCUCCAGGAGAAUACGAUUGCUGGGGGAACUUUGCUGAGUCGUGGGGCCUCAAGGCCUACGUCACCUGGAUGACUCUGGCGGUCUUCAUCCUCCCCGUCCUCAUCAUCACCGUCUGCCAGGUACGAAUCUUCAAGGAGAUCCAUAACAACCUGUACCUGAAGUCGGACCGCCGCCUCUCCCCCGCCUCCCUCUCCCCCUCCAGGCGGGACAGCCAGCGAGGAGAAGGAGUCAGAAGGAGGUCAGAUCUCCCCCUGUAUGUUUCACCCCUCGUGUUCAAAAACCCCUUGAAUGACAGCAGCUUUAGCCCCGCCCCCGUCUACCAGCCGCCCAACAGCGUCACCUCACACAGCGACAACACCUACACUGCUGACUAUGUGUCUGCUAAUAACCACGGCUUCCUGUCUGUGGAGCUGCAACCUGACGUGCUGCCGGGCCCUGCAGCGCCCCCUGCUGCCUGCGGCCCCAAAGCCCCCCCGCCUAAAGCCCCCCCACUCCCAGCCCCCCCACUCAAAUCCCCCCCGCCCAAGGCCCGCAGUGGGGGGGUAUCAGCGGCCAUGUCGAAGACGGUCAGGAUGACGCUGGUCAUCGUGCUGGUCUACUCGCUCUGCUGGGCCCCCUUCUUCAGCGUCCAGCUGUGGGCCGCCUGGGACCCCCACCACCCUCAGAACGAUGCGGUGUUCACCCUGCUGAUGCUGCUGGCCAGUCUGAACUCGUGCACUAACCCCUGGAUCUACUCGGCCUUCUCCAGCAGCGUCUCUCCGGAGCUCCGCCUGCUGCUGCUCUGCCGCUCCACCUCGCAGCGCCGCGGCUCCCUGCCCAGCGACUCCACCACCACCACACACAACUCCAACUACUGAACACACACACACACACACACCACACACACCACAACAAAUGCAACACACACCACACACGACACAGUCAAGUGCAAAUCCUGCAAAGUCUUUAUCUUGUCUUUCUACAAAAACUAGAGCUUCCUUUUUCUUGUUUAAAUAAUAGUUAGGGAAAUACAUUUUGUUUCUUUUACAGAUUAAUAUAAAGUCAUUUGUACAUUAUAACAUCUUAAUAAGUGAAGUUUAGAGGUUCUGACAAGCAAAUCCUGUUUGCUAAGCUGCUUUAAUUUAAGAAUGAAUGAUGUUUUCCUGCAGGAAUUCACCGCUGCUUCCUCAGUCCGGCACAAACCCACAUAUAAAAACACUAAUUGUCAGAUUAACCCUUUGGAAAAGAUUGACUUAAGUGCUUUACACGGUGUUAAGGUAGCCAUUUAGAGAACUGCUUGAUCAUUGAUAUAGAAAAUAAGGCUAGUUAUAUAUUUCACAUUUAAAACUCUGCCUGAAAGAAACAGAUAGUUUAGAUACAAACUGCUGUAAUGCAUUUUUAUAAAGUGUAGUUAUAGUAAAUGCACAUAUUCGGGUGACUUUUGAUUAAAAACAACAUUCCCUUUCAGAACAGAACAAAUUCAAUGAGAUAUGUUUUAAAAACAGUUUAUUCAUCCCCUCAAAAGUCCUAAAAACAGUCCAUACAUACAAAUUCACAGAAAAACAUCUCCAUGAAAAAAACAACAUUUUCUACAAACUUAACACAAUGAUUUGUUCUUGUAUUUAUUUAUUUGUAAAGACGAAAAUGUGCUGCUGCAGGACCGUUUAAAAAGAAAACUUGCACCGGAUGAAAACUAACAUUCACAUGUUUCAAUAAAAUGUUUUAGUUGUUUUAAA